CCUCCUCCUCCUCUUCCUCUUCUAAAAGGCUUCACAUUGAACAGGCCACAAGAUCAUAAUGGCAAGCAGCUUCGCAAGGAUUUUGUCCUCGAAAAGGAGCGUGGGUUUGCUGUCUCUGGUCGGCGCUGGAUCUCUCAGUGUAGGAUUAUAUCUGAACAGAGAGCAUGUAAGCGCAGGAGCGCAGGGCCGAAGACAAUACCCGGCCAGUGCGGAAUACCCAGAUUUACGAAAACACAACAACUGCAUGGCCAGUCAUCUGACACCUGCUGUAUAUGCAAAGCUGUGUGAAAAAGCCACUCCAAAUGGCUUCACACUGGAUCAGGCCAUUCAGACAGGUGUGGACAACCCUGGGCAUCCCUUCAUCAAGACUGUGGGCAUGGUGGCUGGAGAUGAAGAGUCCUAUGAGGUGUUUGCUGAUAUUUUUGACCCUGUCAUCGUAGAGAGACACAACGGUUAUGAUCCACGCACUAUGAAACAUCCCACUGACCUGGAUUACACUAAGAUACGUGGUGGUGUCUUUGAAGACAAGUACGUGUUGUCGUCACGAGUGAGGACGGGUCGCAGUAUUCGAGGUCUGAGCCUGCCUCCUGCCUGCACGCGUGCUGAACGCAGAGAGGUGGAGCGGGUGGUGGUGAAUGCCCUCGCUGGCCUACAAGCGAACCUAGCAGGCAAAUACUACAGUCUGGUUGAAAUGACUGAAAAGGAACAGCAGCAGCUUAUUGAUGAUCAUUUCCUGUUUGAUAAGCCAGUUUCACCCCUUCUGACAUGCGCAGGAAUGGCACGGGAUUGGCCUGAUGCCAGAGGCAUCUGGCAUAACAAUGAGAAGACAUUCUUGGUGUGGGUUAAUGAGGAGGACCACACUCGGGUGAUCUCCAUGGAGAAAGGAGGCAACAUGAAGAGGGUUUUUGAGCGUUUCGCUAAGGGCCUAAAAGAGGUGGAGAGGCUGAUUCAGGAGAAAGGCUGGGAGUUCAUGUGGAAUGAACAUCUGGGUUACAUCCUCACCUGCCCUUCUAACCUGGGCACAGGCCUUCGCGCUGGAGUCCAUAUUAAUCUACCUCGCCUCAGCAAGGAUCCUCGCUUUCCCAAGAUCCUCGAUAACUUGCGGCUGCAGAAAAGAGGCACUGGAGGAGUGGACACUGCAGCCGUAGGGAGCACAUUUGAUAUUUCUAACUUGGACAGACUUGGCCAGUCAGAGGUCCAGCUGGUCCAGACGGUUAUUGAUGGAAUAAACUACCUGAUUGAGUGUGAGAAGAAGCUAGAAAAGGGCCAAGACAUCAAGAUCCCUGACCCUAUUGGCCAGAGGAAGUAGACCAACAAUAAACAUCAUCUGCUAAUUUCCAUAUAAUGUUACUCCAAACUCCAUCCCAAUCAGCAUGCUUUCUAUGUGUGGUGUCUUUGUAGCUUCACGCCUCUGUACAAUGGGAAUGAAUAUACUGUAUGCCAUAACUGUGUUCAUGUGGCAUUGCCAUUCUUUCACAUACCACUGUCUCUUAUAUUGAUUAUGCUGCAGUAAGUGUAUUAUAACCACUGAGAAUUGUCCACAUAAGCAACAGAGGAUCAUGUGAAUGUUUGGGGUUUUUAUUGUGGAAACAAAUGCUAAAUUAUAUAAAGCCCUUUACAGACA